CCAUGUUCUGUGGAGAUGGUGAUUGAGGCAACCAGCGAAGAUUAGCAGGCGCAUGAGCCGCGUAAACCUGCUAAAACCUGCUAAUCUUCAUCGGACCGACGCCGAGGUCACCGAGACGCCGUGACAUCGGACAUCUCCCCUCUCGCAACAUGAACAACGCCAACUCCACUGUUGAAAGGGGUCUUGACUUGCUGACUGAAUCUACGCAGUGACUCGGGCUUGCGACGGCCGCUUUGGAAAUAUCUAAGAGCGGCGCCCUCCCCCUCCUACGCCUACAACAUGCCAGACCGACCACGCUCCGACAUGCCCGUCCGACCAGCAUCAAGCGCGUCCGCGCGACCGCCCUCGCUCAGCGAGAAGCGCGACAGCCUCUCGCUCGAGCCCACCAUCUCCCGGCGCAGCCUCAAAUCCCCCGCCCUCGAGCGCCUGAACAGCUUGUGCGCCGCCGUCCCUCUGGAAGGCACCGACCCGCUCGCCGCCGGUCCCGGCACCGCGCGGCUGCGCAAGCGCGGCGUACACGACCACUACUACUUCGCGCGGCUGGCGCGCCCGCUCCCGCUCCCCAGCCGCGCGCUCGAGCGCGCGAUGGUCGCGACGCUCUUCCUCGUCAUGUUCCUCGCGGGGUGGAACGACGGCUCGCAAGGCCCCCUCCUGCCCUCCCUCCAACGGCACUACAACGUCGACUACCUCGUCAUCUCCAUCAUCUGGCUGUUCAACAGCGCGGGCUUCAUGGCCGCGGGGCUCAGCAACGUCUGGCUCUCGGACCGCUUCGGCUUCGGCAUCGUCGCGCCCUUCGGCGCCGCCCUCCAAGCGCUCGGGUAUGCGCUGAUUUGUUGGGGCGCGCCGUACCCCCUCUUCGUCGCCGGCUUCGUCUUCAUUGGCUGGGGGCUCGGAUUGCAGGACGCACAAGUUAACAGUAUUGUGUCGCGCAUGCGGAACGCCAACACCCUCAUGUUCCUCAUGCACGCCAUGUAUGGCGUGGGGGCGACGGCGUCGCCGCUCGUCAGCACACAGUUCGUCAAACGCGUACAGGACCGCGUGUAUCUCUAUUACGCCGUCUCGCUGGGUCUCGCGCUCGCCACGACCGCUGCGCUCCUCCUCGUCUUCCGCCUCCGCACCGAGGACCAGGUGGUAGGCAAGCGUGCCGAGGUGCCUGUGCCAUCGGCGCACGAGACCGAGCCCGUCGACGGAGGGCUCCAGCUCGAGCUCCAGCGGACUCACUCCGCCCGACCUAACCCCGAGUCCGAUGCCGCUACCGCUGCCGAUGCCGCCGCCGACGCCAACACCGCCCACUCAUCCGAGUCCCCCGAACUGCGAUACGAAGACAGCAGCGCCAAGCUCAAACGCAUCCUGCGCAAACCCAGUGUGUGGGGCCUGUGCUUCUACAUCCUCCUGUACGUCGGCGUCGAAGUAACAAUCGGCGGAUGGGCGACCUCCUUCCUGAUUGCCGAGCGCAACGGCAACGACUCGAGCGGGUACGUCUCGUCGGGCUUCUUCGCCGGCUUGACGCUCGGCCGCGUAAUCCUCAUCCCCGUUACGGGGUGGAUGGGCCGCUCCAACUCGGUGUGGGUGUACACGGCCGGGGCGAUUGCGCUCGAAGUGGUCGUGUGGACGACGACGUCGCUCGUCGGCAACGCCGUCGCGUACGCCUUCGUCGGCAUCUUCCUCGGGCCCAUGUAUCCCAUAGUCAUGAUGGUGACUGUGGGGAUCUUGCCCGGCGACCUGCACCAGGGCGCAAUCGGCAUGGUCGCGAGCAUGGGCCAGGUCGGGAGCGCGAUCAUGCCGUUCAUCACGGGGAGUAUUGCGAAUGCGCGCGGCGUGUGGAUUCUUCAGCCGCUCAUGAUUGCGUUCAUGGGCGCGUCGCUGGUGAUUUGGGGCUUUGUCCCGCGCGAGCGUAAGGGAUGGCAUGCGUAGGGCGAGUGGGGGGCGAGGUUGGUGAAGCGAUACUGCAUCGAUUAGACUCUGUAUUAUCAUUUCUUGCAUCUUCAUGGAAA